UAUCACCAUGAUCUGAUCCGGAUCAGAUCAUGAUAAUAAAACAGCUUUGAAUCAUCAUAUUUUUAUUAUUUCAAGUUUGGUAUCUGUGUGAAAUUCCUUCCUUCAAAGUGACAUUUCAAAAUAAAACAAACAAAAACCACAAAUGGAGGCUGCGGUAGUUGAUUUUUUAUUGGAAAGCGAUGAUAGCAGCACAUCAAGCAUUUCGAAUUUGUCCAGAUUCGAUACAAGCUCAGACUCAUCAUCUGAAAAUAUUCCAUCGAAUCACCAAAAAAUAGAAAAUUUUGUGGAUAUAAUUCGUAAUUAUUGCGAUGCGAAUUUUAAAAUCCACUUUCGACUUGAAAGAACAACAGUGAACGUUUUGAUAGAUCGGUAUAGCUUAUUACUACGCUGCGAUUCCACGCCAAAAAGAGGGCUGCCGAGAAUUUCAGCCGAAAAAGAAAUAUAUAUAUUUCUAUGGUAUAUUGCAAAUACCAACACUUUCCGCGAAAUAUCUAAUUUAUUUGGCAUAUCACGUUCAACCGCGUGGAAUGUAGUUAAAAAAGUUACAGUAUGGCUCAUAUCCAUCGGGCAUGAAUAUAUUAAAUGGCCAAGCAGAGAAGAAGUUGGGCAAAAUAUGGCAGCAAUGGAAGCCAAAACUAAAAUACCAGGCAUUUUGGGCUGUAUCGAUGGAUCGCACAUAAAAAUCAAGGCUCCCGUUUUAAAUAAAGAGAACUAUUUCAACAGAAAGCAUAGUUAUAGCAUCUUGCUUCAAGGUGUUGUUAAUGCUAAAAAAAAGUUUAUUAACGUUUUUUGUGGUGAACCGGGGAGCUUGCACGACAGUCGCCUUUUACGAAGAUCGGAAUUAUAUAGGGACGCGUGCGAAAGGACCGAAGAGCUUUUUCCUAUCAAUUCAUUUCUUCUCGGAGACUCUGCCUAUCCAUGUCUUGACUGGCUUGUUCUGCCCUUUAAAGACAAUGGAAAUAUGUCUGCUGCUCAACGUAAGUUCAACGAAAUACAUUCUUCUGGACGAAUCGUAGUUGAACAUUCUUUCGGUCUACUUAAAACUCGUUUUCGAAGAAUUCUUCAUUUUACGGAACAAACAAAUAUAAAUUCUGCUGUGAACUUAGUUCUCUGCGCUUGCAUCCUCCAUAACAUGUGUGUGGACAACAACGAUGAAUUAGAGGAAGGCCAUCAGAUUGAUUCUUUUCCAGAUCUUGAUGUUCAUUCUGGAACUUCAAAUAGUUCUAGGCGACAACUGUUAAUGGAAGUUUUAAUCAAUAGAAAUAUAAUUUAAAAUAUAAAAAUGAACUUGCGCUCUUCUUUAUUAAAAGAAACUUUGUUUUAUUAAAUUUAAAAUAAACAAAAAUUCAUUUAAAAAA